AUUUCGUAGUACGUGUUUUAUGUUUUUAACUCUACCGUCAACAACGAUACAAAUAAGUACCAUUUUUCGGCCAUUAGCUUGGAACUCCUGGUACAUGAUUUUCAUUUGUUUUAUUACUUCUUUUUUUAUUUUUUCAUUUGUCAUUAAAUCGGAGCAUAUUGAAAAUCAGGAUUAUGGAAGUUCAUUGUUAACAAUUUUGGGUGCCAUGUGUCAACAAGGUGCACAAAACAUGCCUUUUAAAUUUGCCAGUCGCAUUGCUCUUUUUCAAAUAGGAGUUUAUGGUUUAUUAAUAUAUAAUUAUUAUUCAGCAUCAAUAGUAUCGGCACGUUUAAACAUACCACUUAAUAAAUUAAAUGACUCUUUGUAUAUAUUAAUAGAUAGCAAAAUGAAACUAGCAUCAGAAGAUACUGUUGUUAUGAAUAUUAUAUUACAGGAUACUAAUCCAGAGAUGAUAUAUUUUAAAAAUUAUUGGUCUCAAAUACCACAACAAAAAAGAAUUAUGGAUGUAGAGGAAGGGGUAAGACAAAUAAUGAAUGGCGGUUUUGCUUAUCAUAGCAUUCCUGAAUAUGCGUAUUAUUACAUGAAAAAUUAUUUUGAUAAAAAAAUGAUAUGCCAAUUAACAGAAAUUCAUUGGCUUAAACCAACAAGAGCAGCUCUUUAUACAAAUAAAAAAGGACAUUAUCACGAAGUUGGAAAGAUAGGGCUCAUGAAAAUUUUGGCGUCAGGUCUUCUUAAACGAGAAUUAAAAAGAACCUUCGAUCGAAAACCCUAUUGUAAUACUGAUGUAAGUUCUAUAGAAAGUGUAACUAUAUAUGAAGCUGCUCCAAUCAUAUUUCUUUUAAUUUUUGGUAUGAUAUUAUCUAUUAUUAUUUGUUUA